AUCGAACGUCUUCAUCGGCUCUAGGAGUUGUAUCCCGUGUCGGUCAUUUCGGAGAAAACUUUUCUGAUUUGAGUGACUUUUAGAAAAUGGCAUCACUUUGCAGUCGACUUAUUUUGAGAAAUUCACGACGAGCAUUUUCGUACUCUGCAGCGCGAUGUGACUUGAAAAAGUUUCCUGAGCCACUGGAACUCGCCACUGGCCUUGAAAAGAAGGAGUUGCUCGCACAUUUGGCUGGUAACGAUGAUCCCUUCAUGAUGGGCUCAAUAAAAAAGCGAGAGACUACGAAAGACAACCCCAUAAUUAUUCCUAGUGCUUUCGAUAGUCGACUUAUCGGUUGUAUUUGUGAAGAGGAACAAACUUACGUCUGUUGGAUGUGGGUGCACGCAGGACCUCCAAGGCGCUGCGAAUGUGGGUACUGGUUCAAACUGGUCGAGAAGACGCCGAUCACGGCACAAUAAAUAAAUAAACAUUAAAUUACAUAGUAAAUCGUUCAAAAGCUUUACUUAGAAAUGCCGUAUGGUUACAAAAAAUAAAGACACAUCCAUCUUUCA